AUGGACUCCUUUGAGACUAGAGAAGAAUCUUGCAUAACUGAAAGGCUGUUCAGCUCCUGCAUGGGCCAGCAUUUGAUUGCAGAGCGGGAAAUCAAAGCUCUUAAUAUAUAAUUUGUGGGAGCUGCCUUUGCUUUGGUUCAUCUAAUGGCACUGCUGUUACAUUUAAAGAAGGAGUGUUGAACUUCAGACCUGUAGACCAAAUCUGGCCCAGCUGGAGUGUUAACUGGGCCCUCUGCCAUUCUCCAUAUGGCCACAGCCCUUCUCCUGGCAACUCCCUUAACCUCUGAUAGGAUACUUUGCAGAAAAUGUAUACCAGUUGUGAAGAUACUGAUUCCAAAGCAAGAGGAAGGAUUAAGCCAAAUCCAGAUAUUGAUGGUGGAUGGGCUUGGAUGAUUGUCCUUUCUUCCUUCUUGGUACACAUACUCAUUAUGGGAUCGCAAAUGGCCCUUGGUAUUCUGAACGUGGAAUGGCUUGAAGAAUUCAGCCAGAGUCGAGGCCUGACAGCAUGGGUCAGCUCCCUCAGUAUGGGUAUCACUCUGAUUGUAGGCCCUUUUAUUGGCUUGUUCAUUAAUACCUGUGGAUGUCGGAAGACAGCAAUAACUGGAGGAAUCUUGAAUGCCUUAGGAUGGAUACUGAGUUCUUAUGCCUCAAAUGUGUAUUACCUCUUUAUUACAUUUGGUGUUAUAGCUGGUGUUGGGAGUGGUAUGGUGUACCUGCCUGCUGUGGUCAUGGUAGGAGAAUACUUUCAGAAUAGAAGAGCAUUUGCCCAAGGACUCAGCACAACCGGAACAGGGUUUGGUGCUUUCCUAAUGACAGCUUUGCUGAAAUGUCUUUGCAUGGAGUUUGGUUGGAGGAAUGCCAUGUUCAUCCAGGGUGCAGUCUGUCUGAACCUUUGUGCUUGUGGAGCACUCAUGAGACCCAUUCAUUCCAAGGAGGAUGUUGCUGAAAAUUGUGGGGAGAGAAACAGUUGCAAAGGUCAGAGCUCCGUGAAUGAUCUCUCCUGCUCUGUAGAAGCAGUGAAAUCUAAUGGUGUCUUAAAGGAAGAAGAAAAAGGACAAGGUAAGGAAGAAAAGCUGGGCAGUCUUCUAGUGUUGGAAAACAAAGAUGAACCCAAACAGAGGGAGAAUUUCUACGCUCUUUGUAUUGUGAAGACAGUGAGCCAGCUGACAGUUACAAUCCAGAAAGGCUUUGGGACCUGGUAUUUGAGUUAUUUUGGAGCUGCAUCCCUCUUCACUAACAGAAAGUUUGCAGCCUUUGUCUUUUGGGCCCUGUUUGCCUACAGCACCUUUGUAAUUCCUUUUAUUCAUCUCCCAGAAAUCGUGAAACAGUAUAACCUUUCUGCACAGAAUGAUAUUUUCCCCUUGACUUCAAUUAUUGCUAUUGUCCACAUUUUUGGUAAGAUCCUCCUUGGCAUCAUCUCUGAUAGCCCUUGUGUCAGUGCUUGGAAUGUCUUCAUGGCAGCUAACUUUACUCUUGUCUCUUGCAUUUUUAUUUUACCACUUAUGCAUACUUAUGCUGGAUUGGCAGUGGUUUGUGCCCUAAUAGGAUUUUCCAGUGGAUAUUUUUCACUCAUGCCUGUUGUAACAGAAGAUUUAGUAGGGAUUAAGCACCUUGCCAAUGCCUAUGGAAUCAUUAUUUGUGCCAAUGGGAUAUCAGCACUCCUGGGACCACCAUUUGCAGGAUGGAUUUAUGACCUCACACAAAAGUAUGACUUUUCUUUUUACAUAUGUGGCUUACUUUACAUGGUGGGAAUACUUACAUUGCUGAUACAGCCUUGUGUUGGCAAGAAAAAGUCAGCGCCAGAAAAAAACACAGAAAAUGGAAAAGUAUAGGACAGUUUACUGAAUGUUUUUAGACUGAGUGUCAUUUCUUCAUGUUUUCUGAAAAGUGUACAAAUGGUAUGUUAGACGGGACCAACUGGACAGAAUUACACCAAUUUUGGCCACUGAAUAAAUGUUCACACUGCCACUGUCAGUGGACUGGUGGAAAAAUCCUUAGCUGGUAGAUCUAAAACCAAAAUAUCCAAACACAGAGUGGUGUAGGAUUCAAUAGGUGAACAUUAGUUUUCAUUUGUGAUUUACAGUGGUUUAACACAAGCAUAGCUCCAUAGACUGGAAUUCAUUUACCCUCAUGCAUUGCUAACAUGGAAAAAAAACCCCAAAACUGAAUUUAUCCCUUUAGGAAUUACUGAUGUGAGAAUAAUUCCUAUGGGUAAUUCCAGCCGAAAAAAAUAGUUAUUGAAUAGAACUUAAUAGUCUACCUGUGUUAGUAACUAUACAGUAAUUUCUUCCUCUAAGCUUUAGGGGAAGGCUCCUCUAAGCCUCUAAGUCUAAGGGCUCCUGAUAAUGAUUAAAAAUCUAGGUUUUCAUUAUGGGAUAAAUUUGUUCACUGUAUUGAGGCCGCAAUGCAAUUUACUGUAUUUGAGCUCUCUAAAAUAACCUUGAGAUACCAAUGUGGUAAAGUUGUACAAUGGAAAGAAAAGUCAAAAGCUUUUAGUGGUUACAGAUGGGGAGAUGUAUCCUGGUUCUUAGAAUUAAAGGAUCAUUUGCCAGGUUGGAAGAUCUUACGUUUUUAGUUAAAGGUGGCUUUUGGUCACUGUUGAAUUGGCAGUAUCAUCAGAUCCUAAUUCAAACGAAAUCAACAGCUACCUCUCGAUUCUUGCUUGCAGAGGUAUAAUGGUGUUUCUUCUGUUGACUCACAAGCAUUAUUAAUAAAUUCUGAAUAACCCUCUUCGUUAGUUUGUAAAAAUGCAAAUAUACAAGGGUCUAAUAUAUGGAUCAGAAUAUGCCUCUCUUUCUCAAGGUAUGGCUGAUCUUUUCCCUCAUGUAGGUAUUACAGCAUGCUCCUCUGUUCCAUACUAAAGCAGUAGCCUAUGCAUAGCAAACAGGGUUCAAAGGAGGGUUGAUGUAAAGAGAAAAGUCAUGGCCGUUACAAUAUAGCACUUGGGAUGGGGCAAUCCUCCACCAUCUUAAUCUUCUGUAGAUCAAAUCUCUCUCUGUGCUGUCAUGCCAAAUAGCAGGUUGUUUCUGCUUCUGCACUAGAGAAAGCUCCUGAUGCUCACCAACCAUGGAGUAAAGCCAGUUCUUCGUCGUGGCCUCUGUGCAUCA